CAAUUAAUUUAUAUCAGAGCUUUCAUUCAGUUUUCAAUUUUUAGUUUCACAUUUGUUUCACCAUGUGAUAUAUGUAAAAAAAAUGAAUAUCUAUUUUUUCUAGUGAAAACAACAACAGGAGAAGCAGAUUUGGUUGAAACUAUACAAAAUGAUGAGGAAGACGCUAGUUUGAAUAGUCGAUUGGAAUCCAUACUUUGUGAGGUUGGGUUGGAAAGUGAGGAAUGGUGUCAACGUGAGAACUUUGCCGCCCAAGGGGGGUCUCAUGAAAGUACUAUUGACAGUUCAGAACUCUUACAACUUUGUUUUUUUGUAUUCAUGAAAUCAAUAA